CAAAUACUAAUUCUUCGUUGACGUUGUCAGUGAAAUUGCGAGUGGGAUAAAAUAAAAAAAAGUAAUUACAGUUGUGGAGAAUUCGUGUUGCUUGCGAAUUGCAAAAAGAUUCAUUUUCAUCAAAGGAAUCGACAAUUUUACUCUAUCGUUAUCUACCGGAAUUGGGUUUCGGUUAGAUAACCUCAACAAUAGUGAUUAUGAACUUUGCUGACAAGUGUUAGAUAUCUGCUGUGCAAAUACUCACGUUAUACAUACGGCCGCUUAUCAAGUCCUAGACUUCUAUUGAAUAUUUGAUAUUUUUCACACCGUAACUUGUGUGGAUGAAUGAUACUAUGAAUCUAUUACCAUUAGAAACUUGUGCGAAACUUCCUCUAUCUAUCAAAGAGCUAGAUGAAGUUACCGAUAAGGCCAAAGAUUGGUUGCUUAUGCAUGGAGCUUGCAUGAGAUGCAGAGAGCAUUUGAAUAAGGACGAGGUGUGUUUUGCUCCCUUUAUAUUAUUGCCAUCCUCUUUUCCACGUAAGGAAUUUGAAAAAGCCCAAAAUGUACAAACAAUACUUAAUGAAUUGACGCACCGGGUCGCCCAUGAUCAUAACUUCAUCACAGAAACCUUGAAAAGCACAGUUGAAGUUGACGAUUUCACAGCCCGAUUGUUUGGUAUCUAUGAAAUUGUGCAUGCCGAAGGCUUCAAGCAGAGUAUCAGUUUAGGAUUACUGCGUUCAGAUUACUUGCUGCAUAAUCUACAUGAAACCAAUAUAAUGCAAGUUGAAAUGAAUACUAUAGCUUCAAGCUUUGCUGGCAUAGCAACUACUAUCACACGUUAUCACAGAUAUAUUUUGAAAGAAUUGGAAUGUGAAGAAAAAUUGAAAAAUAUUCCUGAAAACAAUGCACUUCCUGGUCUUUGCGAAGGUUUGAUUGAGGCGUGGAAAUUAUACAAUAAUAAACAAGCAGUUAUAUUAUUCAUCGUUGAAGACAUAACGAUUAAUAUAUGUGACCAAAGGUUUCAUGAAUUUGAAAUUCGCGAGAAGAAUCCGUUUAUCAAAGUUAUUCGAAAAUCUUUAGGACAAGUAGCUGCUCAAGGACACCUUAAUCAAAAUCAAGAGUUAAUUAUUGGAAAUUUUACAGUAGCUGUAGUGUAUUUUCGUUCCGGUUAUGAACCAGCACAAUAUCCUACAGAACAUGAGUGGUCUACUCGAUUGAUGAUAGAAAGAUCGUCAGCCAUUAAAUGUCCUUCAAUCCAAUAUCAUCUAGCUGGAACAAAAAAGGUUCAACAGGCAUUAGCUGUAAAAGGUACUAUUGAAAGAUAUUUCGAAGAUAGGAGUAUAGUGGAAAAGAUAAGAACUAUAUUCACUGGACUUUAUUCAUUAGAUUUCGACGAAAACGGGGAAGGAGAAAAGGCAGUAGCAAUGGCUCUGAAAGAACCAGGAAGAUUUGUGUUGAAGCCGCAACGAGAGGGGGGAGGAAAUAAUAUAUACGGGGAAGAUGUGCUCACACAACUGAAAGCUAUGAGAGAUUCUAAAGAACGUACAGCAUGGAUACUUAUGGAUCGCAUCCAUCCACCUAUGCAGGAAAAUUAUUUAAUUCGCCCAGGGAAUAGAGAUGAGCUUAAAAUGCAAAACCUUGUGUCUGAACUUGGGAUUUACGGAGUUAUUCUUGGGGAUUCAAACGAAGUAAAAAUUAACAAACAAGUCGGCCAUGUUCUGCGAACAAAACCAGCGAGUGCAGAUGAAGGAGGGAUUGUUGCAGGUGCAGGAGCUCUUGACAGCCCUUACCUUGUGCAAUGAAAUAUUGUAAAAUGUUUAAACUCUUAUUAGAACGCAACAGUUUUUAAUAAACGCACGGAACAAAAAAAAAAAACGCAAAUCGGAAAAGGAAUAGAAACAGUCAAACUUUGCAUUGAACUCAGUGAUAUGUGUAUAUCAGUUUCAGUCACAUUUGCACAAAGAAGGAGCUGAUUUGAAUAAGAUUCAAUUGAAUGAUCAAAUUCGCAUUCAAGUAGUUCUUCGAAAUAUUUGUGAAUAACGCUAUUUAGUUAAAUAAUCUCUUUAUUACGAGCCAUUCAUUGUUUUCAUUGCACUUAAAAAUGUAGAUAACACUGUUAUUACUAUUAUUGUUGUUGUUAUUGUUAUUACCGUUGGUAAUUGGUAACGUACCACAUAGUUAUUUGCGCACAAGAAAUUAAAUCCAUUCACGUUUAUAAAAUAAA